UCGUUUAUACAAUUUGAUGUGGAAAUGGUAUUCAGUGCUGACCUCUUGGUGUCACUGUAACAUAAGGAGCCAAUAAAGGCAAUGUCCCUCCCAUAACAAAGCUUUUGUUUGGUGCUUCGCAGAAGAGGAUACAUUUGGGAAAGGGAGUCGAAUGAGAGGUUUUUCGAUCGGAUAUCGAAAAUUAAUUUGUUUUUCGAAAGAGACACAGCUGUAUCCGUUGCGCAAUAAGGAUGGGGGAAGAAAGACGAUUUCAAACAAUUCACUACCGUUGGUUUGUAUUUUAUUUGGCUCUACUGCUGGUUUUCGGAAAGCAAGCUCUGGCUGAAUUGAGGUACUCUAUCCCCGAGGAGGUAAAAGAUGGAACUGUUGUUGGAAAUGUCGCCAAGGAUCUUGGACUGGACAAAACCUCUUUGAUUAAUCGACGGUUCCGUGUUGUGUCUGGAUCUAAGGACGCCUUUUUCGAGGUAAAUUCGGAUAAUGGUGCCUUACAAGUACAUAAAAAAAUCGACAGAGAAGAGCUAUGUCACGGUAGUGGAGCGUGUCUGAUGGAGCUGAAAAUACUCGUUGAAAACCCUUUAGAAAUGCACCAUGUUGUUGUAGAAAUCACUGAUGUAAAUGAUCAUGCUCCCAGUUUUCCUCAAAAAGAGCAGCGGUUUCAAAUUGCUGAACAUACAUCCCCAGGAACACGAUUCCAGCUUCACGCGGCUCGUGAUCCAGACGCUGGGAUGAACUCUAUCCGCACAUAUACAUUAACGGCAAAUGAUCACUUUGAUAUAGAUUUAAGUCAAAGUGAUGAGGACAAAAUACCGUUUCUAGUGUUAAAGAGGUCACUGGACAGAGAACAAAAGAAUGAGCAUUCACUAAUUGUAACAGCAGUUGAUGGAGGUAAACCUCCAAGAUCAGGGACAUUAAAUGUUUCCAUUACUGUUCUUGAUAGUAAUGAUAAUCGUCCGACAUUUAGCCAGGAUACUUAUCAAAUAGAAAUAUUCGAAAAUGUCUCAGUGAGCAGUAUUCUCACAAAAGUAAAUGCUAUUGAUCCAGACGAGGGGGCUAAUGGGGAAACAGAGUACAGUCUGAGCAAUGCAUUAUCCCGUAAAAUAUUUGAUAUCUUUGAAUUGGAUCGUUUUAGUGGAGAAAUUAAACUGAAAGCAGCGCUGGAUUUCGAGGAAUCAGAAAUUUACAAACUCGAUAUUGAAGCAUCUGACAAAGGAACGCCUCCACUGAUAGGAAGGUGUAGAGUAAUUAUAAAGAUAAAGGACGUCAAUGAUAAUGCUCCGGAAAUAGAAGUCACAUCAUUGUCAAAUGCAGUGUCUGAAGAUUCAAAGAUUGGAACAGUGAUUUCACUCAUCAGCGUAACUGAUAAAGACUCAGGUGUUAAUGGCAAAAUAAUUUCAAGCAUAACAAAUGACGUUCCUUUUGAUUUAAAACCCUCCUAUAAGGAGAACAUAUAUUCGCUCGUCACAAAGGAACAUUUAGAUCGAGAGGAGGAGUCAUAUUUUGAAAUAACAAUAAAAGCAACAGAUUGUGGUGACCCUUCACUGAAUACUAUAAAAACACUAGGCAUUCAGGUAUCAGACGUAAAUGAUAAUAGUCCACGUUUCGACAAAAGUCCAGUACACUUUUACCUGUCUGAAAAUAACGUUGCAGGAGCGUCAAUAUUCUCCUUAAGCGCUACAGACAAUGAUGUGAAUGAAAACGCCGCUCUUUCUUUUAAUAUUGUUAGAGGAGGAAGUGAAAGAGAUGUAACAUCAUUCUUGAACAUAAACUCUGACAAUGGACAAAUAUCCGCGCUGAAAAGUUUUGACUUUGAGACUCUGAAAACUUUCCAGUUCCAAGUUGUAGCCACAGAUUCUGGUUCUCCGUCACUGAGCAGCAACGUCACAGUGAACGUGUUCAUUCUGGAUCAGAACGACAACGCUCCAAUCAUCCUGUAUCCACUCAGCUCCAACGGCUCUGCUGAAGGCGUGGAGGAGAUUCCCCGCAACGUGAACGCAGGACACUUGGUGACUAAAGUCAGAGCCUAUGACGCUGAUAUAGGAUAUAACGGCUGGUUGUUGUUCUCACUGCAGGAAGUUACUGACCACAGUCUCUUUGGUUUGGACCGCUACACAGGACAGAUCAGGACACUUCGCUCGUUGACAGAGACAGACGAGGCUGAGCAUAAACUGAUCAUACUGGUCAAAGACAAUGGGAACGUUUCACUCUCAGCAACAGCUACUGUCAUAGUCAAACUUGUGGAGCCCAAAGAGGCUUUUGCAGCUUCUGAUGUUAAAAGUGCAGCGAAAGUAGACGAAGAGGACAAUGUUACAUUUUACCUGAUGAUAACUUUGGGCUCAGUUUCAGUUCUUUUUCUCAUCAGUAUCAUUGUGCUGAUUGCAAUGCAGUGCUCCAAAUCCACAGACUAUACUUCUAAAUAUCUGCAAGAGCCAAAUUAUGAUGGGACACUGUGUCACAGCAUCCAGUACCGAUCUGGAGACAAACGGUACAUGUUAGUUGGACCCAGAAUGAGUAUAGGAUCUACUAUAGUCCCCGGCAGUCACGCAAAUACUCUAGUGCUACCUGACAGGAGGAGAACAUCUGAGGAGGUAAGAUAUUGUUUUUUAUUAUCUUUAGUGGAAUUGACACCCAUUAUUUGUUCAUAA